UAAGAAAUUUAAUUGCACAAUCAAUUCGAAGAUUGAAAGUGAUCAACAUGAAGUUCUUAUUGUGUGUCGGUUUCAUUGCGGCAUUGGUUACUCUACCAAUGACUGUGAAGUCAGAAAAUCUUGUAGCUAACUCUGGUGUACCAUUGGUCCCAGCUGGAAGUAUUGGAUCUGAUGGAGCUCACCUUAGUGGAUUCGGUGGUGGCAUUGGAGUUGGAAAAGAUGGUGCUUAUGCUGGUACCAGUCAUACAGGACAACAUCAUGGCCGUCCCUACCGUAGUGCAGAAAAUCUUGUAGCUAACUCUGGUGUACCAUUAGUCCCAGCUGGAAGUAUUGGAUCAGAUGGCGCACAUCUUAGUGGAUUUGGUGGUGGUAUUGGAGUUGGAAAAGAUGGUGCUUAUGCUGGUAGCAGUCAUACAGGACAACAUCAUGGCCGUCCCUACCGUAGUGCAGAAAAUCUUGUAGCUAACUCUGGUGUACCAUUAGUCCCAGCUGGAAGUAUUGGAUCAGAUGGCGCACAUCUUAGUGGAUUUGGUGGUGGUAUUGGAGUUGGAAAAGAUGGUGCUUAUGCUGGUACCAGUCAUACAGGACAACAUCAUGGCCGUCCCUACCGUAGUGCAGAAAAUCUUGUAGCUAACUCUGGUGUACCAUUGGUCCCAGCAGGAAGUAUUGGAUCAGAUGGAGCACAUCUUAGUGGAUUCGGUGGUGGCAUUGGAGUUGGAAAAGAUGGUGCUUAUGCUGGUACCAGUCAUACAGGACAACACCAUGGACGUCCCUACCGUAGUGCAGAAAAUCUUGUAGCUAACUCUGGCGUACCAUUAGUCCCAGCUGGAAGUAUUGGAUCAGAUGGAGCACAUCUUAGUGGAUUCGGUGGUGGUAUUGGAGUUGGAAAAGAUGGUGCUUAUGCUGGUAGCAGUCAUACAGGACAACAUCAUGGACGUCCAUACUAAAGAAUGGCCACGGCAGGUUAAGAGUUGAGCUAUAUUCUGCUUAUGUUAAGCAUUUUUAAAAGUCAAAAUUUUAUGUUCACAUCGUAAAUUUAAUAUAUUUUAUUAUAAAUUUGUAUUUUAAAGUAGAAUUCAAUAUAUAUUUUUUAUUAAAACGAGAUACAGAGUCAAUUUA